CGAAGUCGUUAUAGUUACCGCCACGGACUGUUGCGACAUCAGUCACGUGACCUUACCGGCUAGGGCUUUCCGCAGACGACAUUUUACGGCAAACCCUUAAUCUACACAGACGUUAAAAUGUUUUGGAUAUUUGUAAGCAGUGCGCUUUUCCUCGGAUACGUGUCCUGUGGUACAGAGUACACGUUAGGAAUGACUAUACAGUCGCCGAGUGUCACGGAGGUCUAUCUCGGACAGAAACUUGUUCUUCAAACCACAGCCACCUUUGCUGAAGCAGCAACUACAACGGGCGUAGUUAUCGAGCUUAUACCGUCCAUUCAGUCGACGAUUUUCGCUAUUUGCAAGAUAUUGAGCUACACAAAGGGUUCGAGAUUGACAACACCCGACACCACUCUGGAUACCGGAAGUUUUGAGGGCAAAUAUGACUUGCACUACGGUCAGGAUUAUACAGACGAAACUUUGAAACAAAGAUUCUACGAUAGGGCUGUAUUCACGAUAGGGGAUGUGCAAGGCGGUGUAACGGGCGGGGCUGAGGCCGAUUAUCAAAUCGUCAUAGAGUACGAAGUCGUGUAUGUAUCUGCCGCCGGAAAUGCUGAUCUGUCGGAACAAAGCAUGGGCUCUGGUAUGGAAUACGACGGCGGGAACUAUAUCUGGAUUAGCAUAUGUAGCAUAAACAUUAGGACGUCCGCUGGGACAGGGACCUCUGAGACAUCUGACACUACGUUCGCAAUAAAUAAUGGCGGCAGCGAAGACAUCCAAGUGAUGACGCCUAAAGAAAUCUUGGUCACCAUAAAAAGUCCAAGGUCGGCGUCAGCUUUGACGUUCGAGGUUGUCGGAAUGAAUAGUACGGACGUUGAAGGGUUCUCCGUGCAAAAAAUAGAGUUGGUGUCCGUGGGUGAAGCGUAUGCGUGUAAUACUAUUAAAGAAAACAUUUACGUGCACGGUUAUAGCACGUGUCCAUUGAGUUCAUCUUUGAUUCUUGAUCUGGGAAAACCGAUUAAUGCAGAGUCCAAAGAGCCGUCCCCAGAUACUAACAAGUAUGCCUUAGUAGUAAAAGCCGUGCUGAUGGUGGAUAAUCCAAACCUUGUAGGUGAAACACUAGGGGUUGGUUUUGGAUUUGAUAUCGACGGUAGUGAGGUUUGGGUCACUGACAUUGACCUUAAUGUGAUUGCUGCUCCUACACCGCCUGCUGUCACGUUCAUUGCGACAGGAGAUAGCGGCCAAACGACAAUAUCGCCAGGUUUUGCAGGUGGUGCCUCCAUAGCCGUUACGAUUCCAAGGGGAACAAACCCACAUUUUACUUUUAGCAUCACUUCAACGGCUAAUUCAGCAGUGACCAAUGCUUUGAGCAUUCUAACAAUUAAUCCAGUGUCGCACGGUGAUAAUAUUCCAUGUCCUAUACCAAGUACAGCCAUUAAUAUUGUACGAGUUGAAAGUACGACGACACCAGGUCUGUUUGAAAGCGCAAGCUUGUCUGUAAACGUUUCUAACACAAAUAUGCAACCGAAUACAACGUCCGAUUCUGACGUUUAUAACUUUAACGUUUAUGUUAUGAUGAUGCCGUCGGCUACAGAGUCAGAGACUUUUGAUUUAAAUAUUCAAAUUGACAGUCAGUCGGUGCAGGUGGUUACAUUCACUGCUGGGGGUCCUGGAGAAUAUCCAGAGAACGUCAACUAUACCUACACGAUUGACUGCGGAAAUACCCUUAAAUUAAGUGGUUCUGUGUUGUCCUACACAGUUACCAUUGAUACAACACCUGGGAUAACUGCUGGGAGCAUGACCAUUGAAACCCCCAUCCCUGUUAACAUAUCAGACUCGUAUUUGGAAUUCGUCAGUGCUACAGUCAAAAAUAAAGGUGUCAAUCCAGUCUGCAUACCUUUUGGAGAAUUAACAGCGGUCGUAACUGACUGGGAAACUGGUUCAGGUCUCAAAGAUAAAGGUUCAAUCUUCGUGCCGCUGAUGUGUAACGUAGAGAUCGACUCUACUGAUGAGAAUGCAAACAAAGUGGAUAUCGAGGUGAAAGUUAAACUCAUUGAUAGUGCUGAAAAGAAUGCGGCUGAUCGAACUGACUUGGAUGAGUUUGGCAUUGGAGUGAAGAUUGGAAACAAAAUUUGGGUAGCUAGUUGUGGAUUCAACACGAAAGCACCGAUUGACGACUUGAAACGUUACAAUGGCGUGACAAUUGAGGAUGGAUAUGGACCAGUACCUUUCCCGGCUGACCUGGAGCUACAAUGGAGUCCGGAUAAUGUCAAUUUCCAUACCCAUAACCACCCAUUUGGUACAGGUGUUGCUGGUACUGGCACGACAACCUAUCCGAUUGAUCCACCACUGUAUGCACGUUAUGCGAGACUCAUAAACAAUGAUGGGGGUAACGGUACAGAAUAUACUUUUGAAACCACGGCGGUCAGUGAUGACAUUGACUUCCACGGGUCGACCAGUUCCACAAUUAACUUGAUGUCACAAGUGCAGUUCCUCCUAGAUGGUAACGAAACCACAUGUCUGACGCUGCCGUCAACCGCCUCCACUGAAACCGCCACUUAUUACUGGGCUAACUUUAAAACAUCCGUGUUUCGUGUCAAUGACACUGCCGCUUUUAACCUAAAACUGACAGGACAUGGACUGCAAUGUAACACGUUGGCUGGACCUCAAGUCACUCUGGUCAUGCACCCAAAGAACUCGGACACACUCACAUUUCUGGGAAGACGCAAGAAAUGCAAGGUAACAAACGAGGUUGCAGGACCGCCGGUGUCAUGCACUUAUGAGUGCGCAUGCUCAGAUGCGACUACGUGUGCUAACGUCAGUCUUGUCCUCUAUUAUGACGGAACAGUGACAAGUGACUACAAGCUAUGUGACGUAUCGGCAACACAGUAAGCAGACAAUAUUUAGCAGAUGACAUAACGAUAUUUAGCAGACAACAUAAACAUUUCAGAAUUCUUUUAAAGGACUUCACUGAUGUGUCAAAGCCUAAAAACAUACAAUUUUAAUUUCUUACUUAGAUCAUCUUGGGCACUCAAAACAGAGAAAUAUGGAAAACGUAAUUAAGAAAUAUAAAAAGAAAUCAAUUAAAAUUUGUAUUUUUGGGCAAUUCUACGCCCGAAUGGAGUAAUAACUUAAAAGCGUUGCAACGCUUUUCAGUUUCAGACCAUUUUUCACAAUUUGAAUAAUUACUCCGGAAAAGGGAGUGAGCAAAUAGCCUGAAAUUCCGCAUGUUCUUCUGUCUGCCUUUUUAGGAUUUUUGGUUUAUUAAUAUGUUCUGUCCUAAAUGCUAUAAAUUAGGUCAAGGUUCAAAACAUUUACAUAACUUACAACCCAGUGACAACAUUUACUUUUUUUAUGAGUGUCACCAGAACGUGUUUUAUAAUACACACAUUAUAUUGUUAGUAUAAAAGGAAGCAUACAAUGAAAUGGAAAAGGAUAAAUAAUUGUAAAAUAAAGUAUAAUGCUUGCAAUCAUUUUAGAUGUAUCUUUUGUAAAUUUUUGCGAGUGCGUGUAUAAGGAUGUGUGGGCACGCAGGAUUGCAAGUUUUUCCUCUUGCAUUAUAUCAAUUUAGGCAAUCUUACUUAACUAUCGCCCUUAUCACUGCUUAAUUUCGGAAGGAUUGUGACUUUAUGAUUGUUAUUGUUUAUAUUGCAUCUGUGUAUAUAUGUGUUCAUCUGUGUACGAGCUCUUAAUUAAGGAAAUCAAUUGCCAUCAAGAUGUAAUGAAUUUAAUGGCACAUUAUGCCUCAGAAAUGAAUAAAUUUUUACUUUUUUAACUUAGAAAGGGCAAACAUGAAUUAAAUAACAUUUAAAUAAUGAUUUCAGAGUAAUAUUAAGGCUUGUAAUCUAAAGUAAGUAGCGAUAAAUGUAAAAUAAUGUGUCAUAAAAGUGGCAACAUGUAAACAAAGUAGUACAUUGUGUAUUUUGACUUCCAUGCAAAAUACUAAAUGACUAUUAAUGUAAGAAGCAGAUGAACAUUAUGGUUCAUGUAAUUUGCAAAGAGUAACAGUUUGGAAACUUUAAAAGUAUACCAAAAAUAAAAAGCUUUUGAGAAAUAUAAAUAUAAACAUUUCUGAGGCAUAAUGGGCCUUUAAAGAAUACUAUUAUAGAAUGCAACCACUACGGUAUGUAAUAAUGUUAUGAAUUAUGUAAUAUUAAAAUAUAUUUUAUGAUAUUUUAAAGAUUCAACAUGAAUUCAUAAACUUAUUACAUGUAUUAGAUUACAAAAAUGACUUAACAAAAACUAUACUAUGAUAAUGAAUUUACAUGUAAUAAUAAAAAUAUAAUACGAUUUUUGAAUGACCAAACUUGUGAUAACGAUACACUAUUAUAUCUAAAUAAAUCAACAUAAUAUCAUGUUAUGGAAUAUAAAUUGAAAUGAAACACCAUGUAAAUGUCAAAUUUUCAAUGUUUUAUAAUGUAACAAAAGAUUACAAUAUUAAGUAAAUGAAUCAUUAUGUUGUAACAAAGAGUUCUAAUAAUAUCUGAUUGAAUCAAUAUGUAAUAACAAAACUAUACUAUGAUAGUUUAAUGAAUUGACAUGUAUAAACAGAAAAUUCUAUACGAUUUGAACGCAAUUCAUGAAAACAAAGAUAAACUAUGAUAUUUUAACCAAUUAAUCUGUAAUAACAAAGAUAUAUUAUGAUAUUUGAAUGAAUCAAAAUGUAAUAACUAGGAUAUACUAUGAUAUUUAUAUCAACUGUGAUAACUAAGAUAUACUAUUACAUUUGAACGAAUCAAUCUGUAAUAACAAAAAUAUACUAGACAUUUAAAUGAAUCAAUCUGUAAUAACAAAGAUAUACUAUGAUAUUUGAAUGAAUCAAUCUUUGAUUCAUCUGUAAUAACAAAAAUAUACUAUGACAAUGGAUUGAAUCAAUCUGUAAUAACAAAGAUAUACUAUAAUAUUUAUAUCAACUGUAAUAACUAAGAUAUACAAUUACAUUUGAACGAAUCAAUCUGUAAUAACAAAGAUAUACUAUGAUAUAUGAAUGAAUCAAAAUGUAAUAACUAAGAUAUACUAUUACAUUUGAAUGAAUCAAUCUGUAAUAACAAAGAUAUACUAUGAUAUUUGAAUGAAUCAAUCUGUAAUAACAAAGAUAUACUAUGAUAUUUGAAUGAAUCAAUCUGUGUAAAGAUAUACUAUGAUAUUUGAAUGAAUCAAUCUGUAAUAACAAAGAUAUACUAUGAUAUAAGAAUGUGUCAAACUGUAAUUACAAAGACAUAUUAUGAUAUUUGGAUGAAUCAAUCUGUAAAAACAAAGAUUUACUAUGAUAUUUGAAUCAAUCAAUGAUAUAUUUCAAUGAUAUUUGAAUCAAUCUGUAAUAACAGAUAUAACUAUUAUAUUUAAAUGAAUUAAACUGUAAUAACAAAGAUAUAUAGUAUUUUAAUGAAUCAAUCUGUAAUAAAAGAUAUAUACUAUGAUAUACUGCAAAGAUAAACUAUGAUAUUUGAAUUAUUUAAAUCUAUAAAUAUAUACUUUUAUUGAUACUCUGUGAUAUUUAACAUGUAAACACAAAGAUAUUUAUAUAAAAUUUGAUUGAAUCAACAUGUGAUGAUAAAGAUAUAAUAUACAUAUGAACAAUGAAUCUUGUGGGUGGUUUUGUGCUUAAUAUAAAGAUUUAGAGUCAAUUUUCUGCUCUUAAUUUCACAUAUAAUUACAUAUUUGCACCUGUGACAUUUUUACAUAUUACUAAAAUCAUUUCAAGGUCUCGAUUUUUAUGCAUCAUUUCUCCCUGUUUUGCUUUUUUUAUCACGUUCAAUUUCCUGUAAAUUUAAUAGCUCUCAAUACAUACAAUGUACAUGUACUUAUAUUUAUGCACGUCAUAGAUACACUUAGUGUUAAAGAUAGCAAGUUUUUUUACUAAUGAACACAGAUAAAUUUAAAGCAUGCAUACAGAUUCAUGCAAAUGUUCGUGAUUUUUUUCUUCUGUAAAUGUAUUAAAAGUAAAAUAUUGUUCAAUAAUGAAUAAAGGAAGUAAUUUAGAAUUUGCAGACAGCAUUUACAAUUUAUGUAAAUUACAAAAGUAGGUCAGAAUAUGCAAAAAAUAUCCAAUACUGCGUAAAUCACGCAUUAUAAAUAUGAUGAUAAAUACUGCAAAAUCAGUCAUUGUUUACAUAUUAUAUGUAAAUUAUUUCUUGAAUUUUAAGAGUAUAUUUUAUUUAUUAAAAUGCUUGCAAAUUUUUCUCAAAAAUGAUUUUAUUGAAAAUAUUUUUUGACUCAUCUGGAGGUAUAGCAACUUUAAUAUUCAAUAUAAAUACCGACAAGCAAACGGGUUUAUCAGCAUUGGAAAAGAGAUGAUCCUUAAAUCACUGUUUGUAAAUUAUACAGUUAUGUUAGCUCAUAUUCAAACCAAGUUAAUUCAUAAAACAACAAUAUUCCGCCCUCAUAUAAAUUGUAUUUUGUUUUCGAUAAUUAAAAUUUUAUAAUUGUUACUUUCUUAGCUUGCUUAUUAAAAUAUUUGCUUCAAAAAUG